AUGUCGGGACAUUCUCACAACACCCAUAGAGGGACCCCCAAUCGCAACCAGGCCCGUGGUGCAGUACCAUUCACCAGCAGCCCUGGUGGUGGUUCCAACAUCCCUCGGCCUGUCCUCGAACCCUCACCGCCUACCGAGACUGGAUCUGCGGUCAGCGCCAGUCGUCAGAAGCAGAGCAAGCGUGAUGAGGCCAUCCGAAAGAAGCUCGAAAAUGAUCUCUCAAAGAAGAAGAACCUCACAAGCCGAGCUCGCCACUCCCGAAAGGCUCCUCCCGGAACUGUUCUCGCCCUGAAGCCCAGUCAGGCUCUUCAGAUCAAACCUGGUACCACCGUCUCUGAGGCUGCUCAGUUGAUGGCUGCGAAGCGGGAGGACUGUGUCUUGGUAACCGACGAUGACGACCGAAUUGCUGGUAUCUUCACCGCCAAGGAUCUUGCCUUCCGUGUUGUGGGAGCUGGACACAAGGCCUCUGCCAUUACUAUUGCCGAAAUCAUGACCAAGAACCCUCUCUGUGCUCGAACCGAUACCAGUGCCACCGAUGCCUUGGAUCUUAUGGUCCGAAAGGGAUUCCGACAUUUGCCAGUUAUGGACGAGAAUCAAGAUAUUUCGGGUGUGUUAGAUAUUACCAAGUGCUUUUACGAUGCUAUGGAGAAGCUUGAGCGUGCCUACUCGUCUUCCCGAAAGCUUUACGAUGCCCUCGAGGGCGUCCAGUCUGAGCUGGGCUCUACCCAGCCCCAGCAGAUUAUCCAGUACGUUGAAGCUCUGCGCAGCAAGAUGUCUGGGCCUACUUUGGAGACCGUGCUUAACGGUGUUCCCCCCACCACCGUGAGCGUGCGAACUUCGGUCAAGGAGGCUGCCCAGCUCAUGAAGGAGAACCGUACAACCGCUGUUCUCGUUCAGGAUCAGGGUGCUAUUACGGGUAUCUUUACCAGCAAGGAUGUCGUUCUGCGAGUUAUUGCACCUGGUCUGGACCCCGCCAACUGUAGCGUCGUGCGUGUCAUGACCCCACACCCCGACUUUGCUCCCAUCGAUAUGACCCUCCAGGCUGCUCUCCGCAAGAUGCAUGAUGGCCACUACCUGAACCUGCCAGUCAUGGACGGCGGUGAGAUCGUUGGUAUGGUUGAUGUUCUCAAGCUCACCUAUGCUACACUUGACCAGAUCAACGCUAUGUCAAACAACAAUGAUGGUGAGGGUCCUGCUUGGAACAAGUUCUGGCUCUCGCUGGACGCUGAGACGGAGUCCAUGAUGUCGGGAGAGGGCAGCCAAGCUCAGCACACAAACCUUGGUUCCCGCCUCACAUCCCCGGAUAUGGUUCGGGAUCGUAUCAAUGACACUGUUGCUCCAGGAGAUUCAGCCUCUCAUGUCGGCAUGGAUUCUCCUCCUCGCUCUCUUCUCCCGGAUGUUCUUGAACAUCAGCUUCCCGAGGAAUUGCCCUUCCCCUUCAAAUUCAAGGCCCCAUCCGGCCGAGUUCACCGCAUGAAGAUUACUGCUACAGAGGGUAUUGAGACUUUCGUCAAUGCUGUGGCUUCCAAACUUGGUGCAGAGGCAGACAGUAUCGGCGGAGUCCCUCCUGUUGUUGACGGCAAGAUUGUGGGUGAUGGAUUUGGUCUAAGCUUCUUGGACGACGAAGGAGACUCGAUUUCCAUUACAACCGACCACGAUCUUCUCGAGGCUGUUAUUCUUGCUCGUCAAGCGCAUCAUGACAAGGUCGAUCUCUUUGUUCAUGACCCUGAGAAGCCUCCUGCGUCUGCAGCGGCUCCCGCCACACCCUCAAUCUCGACUGGCGCCGGUCUUCGGGAGCGCCGUAAGUGGUGGCCUGAAGAUGAGGAAGAGGAAGAUGAGGACGAGGACGAGGAGGAAGAGCAUCACGCACGGAGACACCGCAAGAACCGUGCCCCCGCGCACCAAGCCCCGGAGCAGCUUAUUGCCGGUGUGCCGAAUGAGCUUAUUCUCCCUGGCGCCAUUGUCACAUUGGCUGUUGCCAUCGUGGGUGUUUUUACCAUAGCCAGGCUCAGCAGCCGGUAA